CACAACGUUCAGUUGUGCUUCUGCCGUCUAUUUCUUUUGUUUCUUUGUCUUCAUUUUUCUCUUCAAAUUUCUUCUUCAAAGUUGUAUUAUAAGACCCUUAGUCUUUUGUUUUAUUUUAAAUUUUUUUAAUAAAAAUAAAUUAUUUUGAGCGAACAUAGUCUAGGCCUGAUCGCCUUUGGGCUUUCAACCUUUCGAUAAUUCACUGAAGUAUUUUAUUUUCAUCUCCACUACGUUACUUUUCAACAGAGCAUCAUGACAUUCCCUUCUGCUGUGAAAAAAUCUGGGCUUACCACAAAACCUGGUUCAGGAUCAAAAACUUUACCGCCAAUAUCGCCCAGAUCACCUGGAUCUCCUUUGAAUGCUUCUUCUAAGAUAAUAACUGGAUCAAUUGUUCGAGCACCAUUAGCUGGCAGUACAGAAAAGAUUAGUAUUGGAACUAGUGUAAAAAAGUCAUUACUUCCUCCAAAAAGCCCAGCUGAAAAAUCUGUUACUAAACCUGUUAUUGAUGCUAAGUUUGAAAAAAUAGCUACUUCUGCUAGCAAAGGACCAACAAAAAUUGCAAUUAAACCACCUCCACUUAAAAUAAAUAUUAAAGAGGCUGAUACUAAAGAAUUGCAAUCUCUUGUAACUACAAAAUCUAUUCCUAAAACUCCAGUAACUUCGUUGGUGAAGUCCCCAUUGUUGGCUAAGUCUCCUACAGUAAGCAAGCAUACAUUACCUUCUAAAUCUCCAAUUAUGCCUUCUGGAGUAGCUAAAUUACCAUCCUCUCCAAUUGCUAAAUCAUCUCAAGCAUCUAUUGUUUCUUCACCAGUGUUAAAAUCUCCUCCAGUUGUUGCUGGAAGUAAGAAAAUACUUACUAAAUCUUCAACAUCAAAUGUAUCUAAAACUUCCAUUUCAACAUCAGCUGUAUCUAAAACUUCAACAUUAAAGUCUGUAGCAUCCAAGGCAAUUGUUAAGGUUGGCUUAACAUCAUCAAAACCUGUUUUAUCUACAGAUCAAGCAAAUGUUUUAAAACCUACCAGUCCAGUAAAAAAAACACUUGUAUUAUCUCCAAAGACUGUAACAGGUGUACAAUUACCAUCUUCACCAACAAUAAAAUCAUCUAUGAAUAGAAGCCCAUCUACAGCCUCAAGUGUAAAAUCAAUUUCUUUGAAAACUCCUUCCCCUUCAAAAUCAGUAAUCAAAGAAUCUAGUUCUGUGAAAACAUUACCUGUUAAAUCAAUCACUAAUAAAUCCAAUUUUAUUUCUAAGACCGGUCCAACUUCUCCAAAAACUAUAGUAAAAAAAGAACACAGUUCUUUAUCAUUAUUAUCAGUGAAGUCUCCUACAUCUAUUAAAUCUACUAUUUCAAUAAAAUCAACAUCAUCCACAACUAUAAAAACCAAAGUUAUGCCGCUAUUGACCUCCAAGAGUUUGACACCUAAGUCGCCAGUUACGAAAUUACUUCCAGAAAUUGAAAUGAAAACUUUGUGUUCUUCAAUUAUAAAAACACCAGUAUCCCCUGUUUUAAAAACCAAAACUUCAGUGUCAUCCCCUACAGCAAAACCCAAAACUUCAGUGUCAGCUGCAAUUAAAAGCAAAACUCCAUUGUCACUUACAGUAAAUACAACUACUCCAUUAUCGCCAAUAGUUAAAACAAGAGCUUCUUCAGUAUCAUCAUUAAAAUCCCCAAUAGUUGAAAAAAAUGUUCCAACUAAACUGAUAUUAAGUCCAGGUUUAUCCAAAAGUAAAUCACUUUCAUCUUCUAGACUCAGUUCUGUUUCAACUGAAAGUUUAGCUUCAAGAACAUCACUGAAAUCUCCAAUGAGUCCAAAACCUUCUAAAGUUAUUACAAAAAAUUCAUCGAAAGCAAUAGAAAUUGAAAAACCAAUAGUUAAAAGUAUUCGAGGACAGUCCAUUAAAAAGAAGACCAUUGACAUUCCAGGAAUAACCGAAUUACCUUCCAUUUCAGUUGUUGACAAACAAAAAAUUGUUGGAUCGCUGUGCAAAUUAGAAAAUGAUUUUAAUGAAGAAAUUGAAUACCCAAUUUCUCAAAUACCAGAUCAAAAUUCACAGUACUCAGAGAAAUCAUUACUGCACAAUAUUGUUAGUAUCAAUAAUAACUCGGAAAUUGUCAAUAAUAUUGUUAAUGAAGAUGUAUGUAAUUUAAUCAAUACUCAUAAUGUUGACCGACCAUCAGAUGUUAAAGAAUAUAAUUUAGAAGCUAUAAAAGAAGACUUAAUUGAACAAUCUUCAACAAGGUUAUCUAGAGUAAAAAACUUAGAUGAAGAUAGUGAAUCAUUUGAUUUUGUAGUUGUGAACAAGGAUGAAUGUAUUCCACAGUUAAAUAACAUUUCUCAUUCGCCCAAUAAUUAUGGUAUUGCGUUUAAGGAUAAUCAUUUUGUUAUGUUAAAAGAAAAUAAUAUUGUAGAGCAAGUAAAUGAAGUAAAAUCAUGUAUUGUAGAUAUAGAUGAACACUUUGAACCUAUGAAUGACAAAUUAGUACUUGGAGACGUGCCAUUUGAAACUGACUCGAGUCAAGAUGAUAUUUCGGAUAAUGAACAAACUAAGCAAAAGGAAAUUUUUAAUUCUGAAAAUAUUGAUUUACCACAAAAAGAUUAUGUAGAUGAUGUAUUUUUAUUUGAUAAUUUUGAUGGUGCUGAUAGUACAGAUGAAUUCAUUCAGAAAUUUAUGCCAAAGUCAAUUCAAAUGUCUGAAGGUGCAUCAUCUAUUAGUACAGAUGAUGGAAGUUCUCUUAGUAGAAAAUCCUAUUCUGAAGCUGUUUCUGGAUCAUUUAAAGAAUGUGAAUAUUACUUAGAUUAUGAUUUUGAUGUAGUUGAUGACUGUUUAGAUGAUGAUGAUGGUAAAUCUAUAUUUGUUGAAGUGACUGAAAAAGAAUUUCCAGAGCUAAAACAUAGAGAUUUAUCUCUAAAAAGGAGAAACAAAAAACAUAAAAAAAGAAACUCUAGUAACAGAACAGAACCACAAUCAGAUUUAAAUAAUAUUAUAUCCAAAAUGAAUUAUAACCCUGAAGAUUUUGAUGGAAAUGAGUUUUGCCAUUAUAUCAAUAUGAUGAAAGAUUGCUCGUUUUAUCCAAAUGGGUUAUUUUCAUCGGAUUCUGUCAAAUUAUCUACAUCAUCAUCUUUAUCAUGGUUAGAUAUAUCUAUUCGUACUACUGAUGAUGACUUAACACCUUCCACGGAAUACCUUAGUACUUAUGAAAUCUUCCAGGCAAGUAAUUUGAACAAAGAUUUCUUAUUAUCAAUCAUUGGAUCUUCUGUCUCAACAACUUCAUCAAAUGAAACCUCCUGGUUUUGGAAGUCCAUUGAGGGUAGACAUCAAUCAAAUACCAAAGCCAAUAUAACUCUUAGCCUUAAACCUAGACCUAAACACUUAACCACACCUCGUUUUAUGGUCCUACUUGCACUCAUCAGUGAAGCUAAGGGUUAUAAUAUUCAACCAUCAUUAUCAGAACAUUUUGUCACUAUUGACUGCAUGUCAAGAUUUAAUGAAAAAAUUAAGAGACUCAUGGUCCAAGGAUUUUGGUUUGUGGGUCGCUUAAUACAAGAAAGUUUGUCUGAAGAUGAAGAAUUAAAUUGUGGAAAUCCAUUCAAUUUUGUUGAUGGUGAUUUAGGUUUCUGGUGGGCAGGAGUAAAUAUGUUGGACUGGCUAGAGUACAUGAAAGAAAGUAGUAAAAAUCAGGAACUGCAAAAUUGCUAUCAAUUUGUAGUUGAAAAUUUAAAUGAAUAUAGAUACAACUCAGGUAAAGCCAAAUUGAGCAUGAAUUCUGAGACACCUGAGGAAUUUAUGAGUGAAUUGGACGUUGAAAAUUUUAUACACACUGUGCGUAAUGUUAAAUAUUAUAAUGACAAUAUUUUUGUGGAUAGCCAAGAAAACUUUGAAGCGAUGAAUGAAAUCGAUGAUGAAAGAUCUUACUAUUCCUCUGAUACCUCUGAUAGUUUACCUGAAUGGAAAAUCUCUGGAUAAUAACUCUGAAAUAUUUAUGCUUCUUACAUUGUUAGAUUUUUAGAUUUAUGGUAAUAUUUAAGUUCUAGGUUUAUGGUUUCAUUAUUUAAAUCAUAUUAAUGACAAGGUGUUAAGUUUUAUGUUAAACAUAAUAGUAUUAAGUUAACUAAUACUAUGUAUUUAAUUUAAGUUUCUAAGUCUAAACUCUGCAUUGUUUAAUAAUUGUAU